AUGAGUGUGGCUAUUGCGGAGGUACCUCUUGCUCAAUUUUUGCUAUAUUGUCGGGUAAAAGCAAAAUCAGUUGAAAAUCAGCGAGGCAAUCGAUCAAUCUGUUUUGAAGACGAACCUGGGCCAUGCGGCUUACCGCGCUAUGUUUUAUGGUACGGGUCUACAUUCGCAAAUUUUCAUAUUUGGUUCCUCGCGACGACAAAUCAACGAUUCGCCAGACAACACUCCGCAAACUAUACCGGCGUUAAUUUUGAUCUUCGCGACCCAAAACGUCGAAUCACGAAACAUCCCAAACUGUACGGCGCAAACUAUACCCGUGAUAAGAAAUUGCUGCAAAAUACAUACAUAUUUACUCUCAACUUCGCUUCAAGAAAACACAGCACACAAUUAACUGGCAUGGAAAUUUUGACACAAAUUUUGGAAACGACGCCAUUCACUGAUAUACGAUCAUUCGCGCAGACAAAUCGGUACAAUAAAACACAAACGGCACUCUACCACAAACAUACUCUUGUGCGGGAGAUCGCCAAAAGAGGUGUUUGUCCCAUACGGCUUAUCGAAAUCAUGAAAUCAACUGGCUCCGUAAUAACCGGCUCAAUCCCUCUACUCUUGAUGUUUCCCCAAAUAUCGUCGUUGCCGCACGAUCACAUUUCCAUGAUGGUCGGCUCUGACGCACGGGACAUUUUACUAAAUCUCUUACGAGAACGUUGUGAUUUCAACGUCACUCGAGUCGAACGCAGACCGAUGUGGGACAACAUGAGAGACCCAAACCUGACAGAAGGAAUUUUUACCCUCACAAAAGCAACUUUCACAAUAACUAUCACGGUUUCUCGGACCAAUCAUCCCAUCCAACCUAUGUUUGAAAAUGAUCUCACCCUUGACAUGAACUAUGUCACACCGUAUGGUUUAACAUGUGCAUAUCCUUUACUCACUGUUUCACGACGAUCUUUCCUCAAUCUGCACAAAUUCCCAUACCACGUCCCUUUAUCGCAUUUGCUUUACGAGAACGCGGGUUUCCGUAUCGCCAAAGCAAUUUGGAUUUGGAAGGAUUUUGAGGAUCAUGAAUGCGGCAACAAUGGCAGUUGUCCUUUCACGGUGCGGUCCAUCACCGAUAAAGACGUCAUGACGGUGUUAUGGGACGAGAAACCUGUUCACGAAUGUCGUCCAAAAGGUAUUGAUGGCAUGAUGAUUUGGAAAUUGAGAGGGUCCAUACACUGCAUUGAUGGACAAACACGCAGUGCAGCGUUCACUGUUACUCGAGAUGGACGUUUGUUAGGAUGUAAGCGACAUCAAGCCCAAGAAUUGCAGCAUACAUACUCUUGA